AUGGUUGAUGUAGAAAAGUUGAUCGAAGAAGUUCGAAAGUUUCCGGUCCUUUACGACCAAACCAGCGAAAAAUAUCGAAAUUCUGAGUAUAAAGAUAGAGUAUGGACUAAUAUCUCAACAACAUUAGGAGUCAAAGGUGGAAUAGAAGAAUGUAAAAAAAAGUGGUCUUCUGUCAGAGAUCAGUUCCGUAGAACUCUACAAAAAAGGAAGACAGCAUCUGGACAGGCUGCAGUGAAUUACCGAAAGUAUAAGUAUGAAGAUAUUCUUGAGUUUCUUUUACCACACAUUUCAGAACGCGACACAUUAUCCAACGUGGAUAAUUUUGAAGAGGAUCAAAAUAAUGAAAUGGAAAUUACUAAUAGUGAAGCUCCGGAAGAAUUCAGUGGACAAACAUGUGAGCCACAGAAUGACAGAGACAGAAGCAAUAAAUCAAUAACUGAAAUUCAAAAUAAUUUCACUGAUUCUGUAGACGAUACUCUUAGAUCUACAACAGAAACUUUAGCCAAAGCAUCUAGUUCAUCUGUGAAGAAAAAUGCAUUUAGACCUCCACUCAAACGAAAAAUGAUUCAUGAAGGAAAAUCUAUAGAUUCUCCAGCAAGCCAGCUAAUGGCAUUUAUGUUAGCUGAGAAGGAAGAAGAAAAUAAAAAAUCUAAAAAAGAAGUAGAAUCUACAGUUUAG